AUGACCAUUGAUUAUAUCCAGUGUAAGUUUAUGGAGAUUGUCGAUAUGAUGGGACAGGCACAAUCAAACAACACAAUUAUUACGAGGUAUGGGUCANGGCGCUUCGGUCGACUGAACCGCAAACGUUAUAACCAUACGUGCGAUAUAGCCAUACGUGCGGUCAAGUGGAUACCCGUCCUAUCAAUUUGGUCGGUCAUCGCGUGGGGUUAUUACGCGUAUGUCAUACAACUCAACCUCUUCACCAUCGAUGACAUUGCGCUCAAGACUUUCAAUAUAAUUAUCUCAAACUUGUUAUGUGUGUGUAGUUUGUGGUGCUAUUGGCAGACCAUAUUCACGGAGAGCCCAAAUGUGCCUGAACAAUUUUGGUUUUCGUCCGAAGAAAAGGAGACGAUAUUAAUGGAGACGGACUGCGAGGGUCGUCGACGUCUCGGCGAGCGGUACGCCUCUCAACACAACCUUCCGGUCCAGUGCCGGACGGGUGACCAGAUGUACCGGAUUUGCGCCAUUUGUUGGCUCAUUAAGCCGGACAGAGCCCAUCACUGCCGGGUAUGUCAACAGUGCACACUUAAGAUGGACCACCACUGCCCCUGGGUGAACAACUGUAUUUCGUUUGCAAACUACAAAUAUUUUGUUCAACUUCUGGGGUACGCUCUAAUCAUGUGCUGGUUUUCUGUCGUCACUUCGUUUCCCUAUUUUCUUAAGUUUUGGACGGACGAAUUACCGGAAUCGGGAAAAUAUAUUAUAUUAAUGCUAUUCGCGGUGUCCUUCAUGUUUGCCAUGUCUUUGUCCGGUCUAUUGGGUUAUCACGUCAUACUUAUUAUACACAACACGUCUACAAUAGAGUCUUUCCAAAAACCGGUAUUCCUGGCCGGGACUAACAAUAAUGGCUAUGAUCAAGGGAAGUAUAAUAAUUUUUGUCAAGUAUUUGGCUAUAAAAAGUAUCGGUAAUGGCUAUACAUAUGAAGUGGGAAUCAAACUACCGGUGCAACUCGACACUCAGUCUGACCAGAUAUACAUAGGGAUUGAAACUAAUUAAGAGUUUUUUUUAAUGAAAUAAAUGGAUCUUUAUUAAUCAAAUAAAUUCGCC